AUGACAGCAGACACCCCAUCCACCCUCGAGGCCCAGUCCCAGGCCCAGCCUCCCCCAACAACAGCCUACUCAGCCUUCACCACCUCCCAAAAACGCUUCAUAAUAACAAUGAUCAGCCUCGCCUCGCUCUUCUCCCCCCUCAGCGGCCAAAUCUACUACCCCGUCAUGCCGACCCUCGUCCAAAACUACCACCUCACCCCGGCCCUAAUCAACCUAACCAUAACAACCUACAUGAUCCUCCAAGGCCUCGCCCCAAGCUUCAUGGGCACCUUCGCCGACACCGGCGGCCGCCGCCCAGCCUACAUCGUCGCCUUCACAAUCUACACCGCAGCGAACAUCGGCCUGGCCCUGCAAAACAGCUACGCCGCGCUCAUGAUCCUCCGCUGUAUCCAGAGUGCCGGCAGCAGCGGGACCAUCGCGUUCGGGUAUGGUGUGAUUGCGGAUAUCGCGACGCCGGCGGAGAGAGGGCACUAUAUUGGGCCGAUGGCGGCGGGGGUGAUGAUUGCGCCUGCUAUUGGGCCUGUUGUGGGCGGGCUGUUGAGUAGGUAUCUUGGGUGGAGGGCGGUGUUUUGGUUUUUGGUCGUUGUUAGUGGUGGGUAUCUUGUUGUGUUUGUGCUUGUUGUGCCGGAGACGGGGAGGGUUGUUGUGGGUGAUGGGGGGGUGGUGCCGGCGGAGUGGUGGAGGAUGUCGGUUUGGCAGUGGGUUACUGCGCGGAGACGACGAUCACCACCUUCUUCUGGGGGAAGUAUGGUUGAGGGGGGGGCAGGAGGGGGAGGGGGAGGCCCUGAAACGACCCGUGGAGAUGACCGCUGUCCGCGUAAACUUGCGUUUCCGAAUCCGUUGCCGGCGUUUGCCAUUCUGUUGGAGAUGGACGCUUUGAUUAUUAUAUCGUUUGUUGGGCUGGCGAUGCUGGCCAAUGUUGCUUUGUUGACGAGUACGCCGACGCUGUUUGGGAAGCUGUAUGGACUGAAUGUCUUGCAGAUUGGGUUGUGUUUUCUGCCCCUCGGCGUCGGCGCCUGCAUCGGCGCCAUCCUCAAUGGCAAACUCCUCGACCUCAACUACCGCCGCACCGCGCACCGCCUGGGCAUAACCGUGGACCGCAAGAAAGGCGAAGACCUACGACGAUUCCCAAUCGAGCAAACCAGACUACAGACCUUCUUCCCCAUCAUGGCACUCGCCACGCUGACCUUCCUCCCCUACGGCUGGGUUCUACAGCGGCGCGCACACCUGGCCGUCCCACUCAUCCUACAAUUCAUAAUGGGCUUCUCCUUCAUAGCGGCCCUCAACACGCUCAACACCCUUCUCGUCGACCUCUUCCCUGACCGCGCCGCCACAGCCAGUGCAGCCUGCAACCUCGUGCGCUGCUGGCUGGGCGCCGUCGGCGCAGCCGUCAUCGACUAUAUGCUGAACGGCAUGGGCUGGGGAUGGUGCUUCACCUUUCUAGGACUGGUUCUUGCGGCGGGGUUGGGCCUGAUGUGGGUGGAGUAUAAGCGGGGAAUGGGAUGGCGGGAGAAGAGAUUUUUAAAGCGGAAUCCUAAUCCUCCUCCUGAUGAUAUCCAUAUGGACGAUAUUGGUGAAGGGAGGGAGGGCUUGGGAGAGGACGAUACGCAUGGAGAGAUUAGAGUAGUAUACGAGGUCGGUCAGUAG